AUGUCAAACGUAGACAGAAUUAGAUCUGCAUUUCUGGAAACCAGCGGAGUCAUGCAAUUCAUUUUAUCACGACUCAAAGCCGAAAGACUCCGAAGAGUACCGCCGCUGAAAGUCGAAACUCUUGAUGAAGGAGUCAAAUUUUGGCUCCACCAAAGAGGAUUCAGAAAUGACGAUGACAUCUCAAAGCUUGAGGGGCUAUCUGGAACUCUCUGUCGAGGCUUGUUAGUAGUGCUCCAUGCUCGUGCAAAGCUGGCAAGAGAAGGUAAAAUUCAACCAAAUAGUAUCUGGCGUCGACACCGCGAAGGCCUAGGAAAGCAAGAAGUUCGUGCACAUGAGCGCUUUGACCCUCACCCAUACUCAAAAGCCAGGGGCUUUGUUGCUGGUCUCGCAGAGCUCAGCGACAAAGAGGUUUUGAAACAAUGCGCAGAUCAAGAUCUGCGGGUUUUGGGGGAUCCUGAUAAUGCAACAACCCUCCUGGAAAACCCAACCAUAGCCACGGUACCCGAAACACAAGCAGCACUUGGCUCGGCUCCAUCAGGUUUAUGGGAUAUCACCGCAUUGGUCGAAGCCGCUGUUGCUGUAGACUCGCCCGAGGUAGCAUCACCAUCCCUUCCACAAGCCCCGGUAACAGAUCCCCACUACUCGUCAGAAGCUGACGAUACAAUACUUGACGAGGCGAGCCUUGAGGAAAUGGCAAUGACAGUUGAUACAGAUCUGGCCAAUAGCAUCACGAAUGGUGAUACGCAUUCAUUGGCUGGCGUGUUUAAAGCUGGGAAAGAGAAGAGAGGCAUCGGGAGCAUUGCCUAUACUCCACGGAAAAGCGGGCGAAUCAGUGAUGUUUCGGACUGGCGACUAGAGAAGGAUAAUUAUCAAACAAAGUCCUAUACGUACCUGCUGCCUGCAAACGCAGUAAAGGAGAAUACUGUGUUUAUCUGGAUUGAAAUUUGUCCUCCGGGUAAACGACACCCAAGCUUCUAUGCAACAAGUGCCAGAUAUGAAGAUCCUACCAACCGGCUAGCAUUCAGGGUUGUCUAUACCAAUCUCUCUAGUGCCCAGGAAGUAGAUGAGUACGCUUUCCGUUCAGUAUACUCUGCAGUUUGCAGGGCGAACACCCUGGUGGAUAUUCUUUGGGAUGGCAAGUCAGAUGAGGACAUCACACAGACCCCAAGGCGAUAUUUGGAAGUUACAGCGCAGAAAGAAAAGGCGAAACCCUACCUAGAAACGCUUGUCAAAGGGGGUUAUACGGACACGUUUCUGGGGUUAGAGGAACAGGAAGAGGAUAUUAACGAAGAAUGA